GAAUUAAAUAAUGACUACUUAAACACGCAAUUUGAGGAUGAACAUGACAUGGCAUUUCACUGUCAUGCCACAAGAGCUGGCACCAAGCAAAACCAGAAGAGAUCAGAAGCCCAAAAGAAGCUGUUAAUCACAUCUGUUAUAUGUUUGGUCUUCAUGAUUGGAGAGGGGAUUGGUGGCUAUGCUGCUCAUAGUCUAGCAGUAAUGACUGAUGCAGCCCAUCUUCUCACUGACCUGGGCAGCAUUCUGAUCAGCCUCUUCUCACUGUGGAUCUCUAAAAAACCUGCAUCUAAAAACCUGACUUUUGGGUGGCAUCGUGCAGAGAUUUUAGGUGCCCUAUUGUCAGUGAUGUCCAUUUGGACUGUCACUGUUCUACUGCUGUUCACAGCCAUCGAAAGGAUCAUCACUAAUGAUUAUGAGAUACACAGCAGUGUUAUGCUCAUCACCUCUGGCUGUGCUGUAGUGGUAAAUGUUUUAAUGGCAUUAAUUCUCCAUCAGUCUCCGGUAUCUCAUGGCCAUUGCCAUAACCACAGUAGUACCAGUGUGAGGGCAGCUUUUAUUCAUGUGCUGGGAGAUUUGCUGCAGAGUCUGGGUGUUUUGCUGGCUGCCACAGUCAUCUACUUUUGGCCUGAAUGGAAAAUAGCAGAUCCUAUUUGUACAUUUCUGUUUUCUGCACUUGUUUUUGCAACAACAUUCACAAUUCUGAAAGAUAUUUUCAGAGUGCUUAUGGAGGGAAUACCACUCGGUAUAGACUAUGACUCUGUAAAGGACACUUUGCUAUUAGUCAGAGGAGUCACAGCCAUACACAGUCUACACAUCUGGACACUAGCCAUGAGUCAAUAUCAGAUGACUGUCCAUGCAGUUAUAGAUGAACAAUGCAAUCCACAUACCGCUCUAAUGGAUUUGACAAAUCUCCUCCAAGCUGAAUUUGGCUUCCACAACAUCACCAUUCAGAUAGAAGCAUACUCAGGUGAAAUGGCAGACUGUGAUAAGUGCCAGAACACAAUGGACUGA